CAUGUAUCCAACGAUUUAUUUAUAGAACACAGUCAUUUGUAUCUAUAUUUUCAUUGGAAAAUAAACCAUGGAUCAGAUAACGCAAAAGACGGAAACGGAGAACAGCCUUGCCAGUGCGCCUAGAGCGUGUCAUGAUAAUAUCGCUAAAUUUUGGAAAAAUACCACCAGAGAGCUGCAGGCCCUAGGAAUGCAUUUAGAUGACAUCAUUACAGUAACUUUUGGAAUAAAGAAAUUUCCGGUAAUUGACACAAAAAUAUCAAAACCUGUACAAGCAGCGGCCAAUAAUUUAGGUGGCGGACACCAUGCAGUGAUUUUAAAACUGGAAGAUAGAAAGAAAUGCGCUUUUAAACUUGAACUUGUAGUUGACGAAGACAUAUGUUCUGUUAAUAAAAAUUUCAAAUGUCCGAAUGAAGAAUGUAACUUUCAAACCCCCUUUUUUUCAAAACUGGCCAACCAUAAUUUUUUUGAACACGUUGGUCCAGAAGGAGAAAAUGUUCAUUACGAGUGUUGUGGUCAUGCAUUUAGAAAUUUUCAGUCUUAUUGUCAGCAUCAGUAUACAAAUCAUUCAACUAAAGGGACAAUAAAAUUAAAAUUUGAACACAUUCGGGAAAACAAUUUUGAAAAUUUUCUGGAUCAUGUUCAGUAUUUUGGAGCAUACAAGAAAAGCACAACUUUAAGACAGGUGAUGCAGUGUGCAGUUGACAUUAUUCUUAACUUUGGUAGAUAUUGGGUUUACUGCUGGAACUGUCAGGAUUUUGCGACUUGGUUUCUUGUCCUAGUCGGAGUUCCCCUGAGAAAUGUAGAUCCUACAUUAGCAGACAAACUUACCGGAUCUGGUACAAAUAGUAAUGCAAGAUUAAUACAGCAAAGUAAGGAAUCGUAUUUUUACAAAAAACACAAUGAACUUGAGAUGCAUGAUUUAACAGACUGGAAAGGAGGUACUAUUUGCGGUGAAAGCGGAUGUGAAUGUUUACCACCAAUGUCACUGGAAGCAUUAAUACGGCAUACAGAGGUUGCACACAAAAGCGACAAUAUAUCAGGUUCAUCGAUGGAUGAUAUGUUCGAUGAUUUCCUGUACACUGUGUCUGGGAGACAUGUGGACAUUAAUUUAGAUGUUAAAUUAAAAAGAAGAUAUUCUCUCUAUCAGCUCCGUGGUUCUGAUAUAUGCUCACACACGUCGGUGGUAUUUAGUCCGUGGACUUCAUUCAUUGAAUCUAACAUACACAAAUACGAUUUUUACCACACUGCAGAAAUGGUAAUAGAUGGUACAAAAAGCAAACCUCUUGUGAGAACAAUAACUGAGGAACGCCAUGUAGAAAACUUGAGGUACAUUUGUGAUAUAGAUAUUUCGACGGAAGAACUGUUAGACUACAUGAAUGUGAUUUACAAAAUAACAUUUUACUAUUCAUUAGAUGAAAGUUGUAUGGCAUUUUUUGUGAACUUGUUAGCUGCUUUGAGAUAUUUUCGUGAGAGGAAAAUUAUAGUCUCGUCAAUUAAUGAGGGUCUUUUGGCAGAAUAUGAAAAUUACGGAAGACUGACAGAUGUUAAAAAACGACGAAAUGCCUUAUUAAAAAUUAUUGAAUUUUACUCACUGAAUGAGGAGUUUCAAGGGGAGAUACAAAUUGGGAAAUCCUUCUUUCUUUACGAUUUUCCGAUAGGCAACACAGAAACGUCGUUCGAAAAGUUUAUGUCAUAUGCAAAUGCUAUAAAACAUUUAAUUGCAACAAAAUUCAAUGAAAUGCAAAGGUCCAGUAGAGAAAAAUGGGUAAGUCUUCAUCCACUGAUAUCAAUGUGUUUGAUGUCAUUCAAUACGAUAGGAGAGUUGUUUUUGCCGAUGUAUUUCGUUUUUACUGUACUUCUUAUACUAAGCUUUGGAUUACCGUUGCUACCGAAAAAGGAUAUGAAUGGAUUAAAAUUAUUUUUACAGUAUAUAAAGCAACCAUACGAAUGGCUAAACAUACCUUCAUUAUUACGUAAUGUUCUUUUUAUCAUAUCACUAAUAGUUCUGGCCUUCGAAGCUCUAAAAGAUGACUCAGUGCUAAUGUCAUCAUUCAUUAUGCAGUACGUAUGGCUAAUUUGCAUUACAUUAGAAGGAGAUAUAAAUAAACGAGUUCUCACUUUCCAUGAAAUUUCCAUUAAACAUGUCCCUAAGCGUGUAGUUCACUUGAUACAACUUGGCACUAGGAACACCCUUUUCAGAUUCCCUGUUGCUGUUGUAUUAAUCCUACCCUUAACAUCUUGUCCGUAUAUUGUUUGCUGUCUUAUCAUUUUGAUAAUAAUAAUUUGUUCAUUAAGAACAGUUGGCGAAUACCUUUUUACUGGGGGAUUACCAAUUAGUCUUUUUACAUGUCAAUAUGUGAGAAUAAUAAAUCAUUGCAUUGUAUUCCUGUAUCUGUUGGCAAUCGCCAGCAUUGGUAUUCAAGGAGUAAUUCGUAUACCAGUUUUUCAAUUCUCAAAAUAUCACUGUUUUGCUAUUUAUAUAUACACAAGUUUAUCAUGGUAUAGACCACAGAAAAUCAACUUACUUAUCUGUAGAAAUAUGGCUUCUACCUAUAUUACUGCUGUUGAAAGAGACAUAAUAAAAACACAUGAUAAGGUAUUGAUUAGUUCAUGGUUAUCAAUUUUUCACUCUUCCGUAUUAUUUUCUAUGGUUGCGCUCCAUGUGAUUUGUUUAGUACCAGUUAUAUGUGUAUGUUUUUUUCAUGUACAUAUUUGUUUAUUUAUCACAUUUAUCGCCCUUUAUUUGCAUUGUCUCUUGCUUUAUUUUACUAUAGAUCUUCGGUAUGUUAUCAAAAUUCUUUUCAGUGGUCCACUAGAAAAGUACAUACUUCUCAAACAAACAGAUUAAACUAAAAUCCACUGACCCCUAAGAAGAACAAAAACUCCACAAUAAUUGGUCUGAUUUUUAAAGCAAAACACUGAAUAUAAAGAUUUGAAUCCUUUAUGUGUUUAUAUUUUCAAUAUAUUAUGAGUCAGAAUUUCUUAUUUACUAUGAUGAAAACAGAGAAAAAAAUAUAAGAGCUAUUGAUUUUGACUUUGAUUUUAAAAUUCAAUUAAAUUUUGUGGUUUAAAAAUCUUAUUUCAGAAAUUGAGACUUGCAAGCAGUACUAUUUGUUAUAUAGAUAAUGAAUGGUGCAAGUAUAAUAGGACGAAUAUGAAUUUGGUUUGUUUAAGUGAAGUUAUCUCGACCGUUCCCCUCCUUUUUGAUAUAUUUGUACAUGGAUGUCAAAGUUGCAAACUGACUUUGAUGUAACACCAUCAUAUAAAAUUGUAUAUUCAUAUGAAGUUCAUAUACAAACGCAUAGUCAGGCUCUCAAAAUGAUGAUUUUCAUUCCAUUUUGUUAAACUAUCUGUAAACAACGGCCAAUAUUUGUCGAUGAAUAUAUUCAAUGUUAUUUUUCCAAUAUUGGCAUAACAAAAAUUUCAAUGAAUUACAUUUGAAACUACCUGUUUAAAACAUGUAUGUAUAUACCACGGUCGGAAUAUGAAACAACUGCAUACAAUUGCAUACAAUGUGAAUGUAGCAGUGUUAAGGGAAAAAUUCUAUGACAUAUAAUAAAUACUGGAUUGCUUAACACUAAUUGUGAAUUUAUAUAAUAAAAAUAUUGAUUCUAAGGUA